GGAGGUCAGACCCCCGUCGAGCUGAGACACAGAGCGGACACAGGUCUCACAGCAGCAGAGGAUCUGCAGACACCAUGAAGUCUUCACUGUGGAGCCUGUUGAUCUGCACCUCUCUGCUGCUCUCUGAUGUUCUGGCCACUUAUCACCUCAGUGCAGUGGAUCCUCAGGUGAUCGCUGCACAGAGCUACGCUCAGACCAGAAACAAUGGUCGGCCACUGACCAGGACCCUGAAUCCAGCAAUCCACAGAAGUGAUUACACGUAUAGAGGAGGGUAUCACUACCACUACCAGCCACCACGGAUCCCUCCACCGGUAGUGUAUCAUCCUGUUCCUCAGUCUCCACCAGUGACUUACCACAGACCCGUCCCCAUGCCGCCCUAUCACCACAGGUUCUCAGGGCCGGCGGCGCCGCAAAUGCACCAUAUAUACAAAGGCCUAUCCCCACCUGUAGCUUUCCAUCCACACCACAGGGUCAAAGGCCAGUUCCCAUACAAAUUUAAAGGUCCGUGCCCAACAAAGUCAGACCCCAAGGUACCAACAACACCGGUGGUACAACUCCCAACUGUGCCAGAGCCAACAGUGCUGCCAACUCUGCCAGAGCCAACAGUGCUGCCGACUCUGCCAGAGACCACAGCGGCACCGCUGACAACCACCGUGCCGGUGGUGGUGACCACAGUGGAGGCCAACGCUCCUGUGACGCUACCGGUCAGUACCCACAGCGGCCUCAUCACCUCCAUCAGUCCUGUGGAGACAGGUAGAAUAUUACCAGUCAGGUUUGCUUCCCAACACAAAACAAUCAAUGCUCCUCGAUGCUUCCAAGGUCAGAUCGUUCUGUUUCAUGAUGGAAACCAGUAA